UGAUCGCGUUGACGAGGAAAUGAAACAGGAGCAAAGCCACGUCCCCCCUAACUCCACCGCUGAGCUCCAUAAAGGUCCUCCUCCAGCUUACCAAGACCCCAACUCGACCGCUGCACUAGCUCCCGAGUGGGAAGCCCUCAGGGUGACAGUAUACGAAGGCGACGACAACCCGCCCGUCCCACACGGAGGCCCUACCCUCGACGCGAUUUGGUUCUCCGGCAUCGUCGUCAUCCUCAUCCAGCUCGUUGUUUCUGCCGUCCCUUGGAUUGCGAGCGGGGACUGGGACAUAUUCCCUGUAACAGCAGCGGGCACAGUUUUGGCCCUCCACAACGGCUCAGUGCCGCAGUGCUAAGAGUGAGGAGAAGUGGUCCUGCACCCAAAAGGGCGGUGCCAUGGUGACCAUUACCCAGGGUAACGGCAAGCCGGCACGCCAUCGUCAUCCUUGGAAAGAAAGGCGUCGGCCUCGACUUGGAUAUCCUGGCCAUACAUGUAGGAACCCGGACAGCAAAUCCCAGCAUGUUUACGAGAGUUGCGUCGGCUGUCCUCGCCUUAUUCUAAAUCGUAUUGUUGGUUGUCGUUGCCGGCCUGAAUGAGAACUCAUAGUAUCUCCUCUGUGUUGGCCUCAUUGGGGGUAUCUAGAACCUCCACGCGGCUGGCGCCAGCCGUAAAUCGAGUCCACUUGGAAUCCAUCUCAAGUAGCUCGAGACGCUUAGCGAUAAGCGGGUUGCAG